AUGGAUCCAAUGUCAGCGGCCGCCUCUAUUGUUGGCUUGCUUGGGGCUGCAGCCAAAGUCUCCGAAGUCCUCCUCAAAUUCAUCGGAAGUGUGAAAGGAGCACCCAAACUGGCACAAAAUGUUCUGAUGGAAAUUUCCGAUGUCAGUGCUUGUCUGAACCAAUUGCAAAGAUAUUUGCAGGGUGCUCUCUCAACUUCCAAUUCGCAAGAGCAGCUUCUUAUGGUAGAGCAACUGGUCGUUACUUUGUCCAAUUGCGUCUUAAUCUUUUCGGAACUUGAGGAGACGGUAGACUCUUUGAAGCCAGCAGAACCCAUGCAACCUUGGAGACUGGCUCAAUGGCUUUUCAAGGAACAAGCUAUAUGUGCACUCAUGGUCCGAAUGCAGCAGUCUAAACUAUCUUUGAGCCUUAUGCUGACAACUCUGACGUGCACCUCUAUCGGGCAAGCUCAAUCAUCUGCGGGUCAGCUUACGACUCUGAUCCAGCAGGUCUUAGAGAGCAACCUCGAGAUGUCUCAACGGAUGGCAAAUCUAGAGAUGCGGACUUUCGGACUUUCUCGAAGCGCGGCUCCAACCUUGGCAACCCUAAAUACAAGCGGGGACAAUGACAGCAUCAAAACCAUGAGAGCCGCAAACGACGUCCAAGAAAAGGUACUCGGCGAACACUCCGAGACUAUUGAAGAGACCAAUCAAAAGGCCGACAAAGAGUCAACCCAUGAUCAAGGGCCCACUUUUGGCUUCACUUUUGAUCAAGACCUGAACAGUUCUCGUCCUUACACGCGAGCUAUGAAGAGGAACUCCGUGUGGUCCACAGCUUCAUCUACGAUGCAUACGAUGAGCUGGUCCUGCCUGUCCGGCUUGAGCUUUGCGGACGUGUCUGAAAUCUCAGUCAUAGGCUUACCGAUAUCACCACAAGAGUUGUUGAAUGGUCAUCAUUAUAUCCUCGCAAACUCUGACAUGAAUGACGUUCCAGAAAAACCUUUAGCACCAAACAGAGACGACCUAGCUUACAGACCAGAUGAAAGCUUUUAUGAGGACGAGUCAGAACCUCUGGAGACUCGCAAAGGACUCUUUCCCUACGAUAAUGCGCAGUCAGUGGGCGGCAGCUUGGGUUUGCGUUCAGUCGAUGGACAGGGCAGGAAGAUUCCUAUUGCUGCUGGUGGAAGGCUUCUGGAACCUAAAAAGAUUAUCCUACUAGGAGCAACGAUGGCUGGAAAGACUACAACAUAUCACCGUCUACAAAUGACACAUGGCAAUGACUUCACUGACUCAGACCGUCGAAGAGCGCGAGAGUCCGUUAUACAUGGCCUUGUUGACAUCUUCAAGAAAUCAAGGGGGCAGUACCAAGAUCCAAUAUCGAUUGAAGACAUUGAGCAAUUCGAGACUUUGGCAUACGCUACACGAGACCAGACACUCAACGGGAUCUGGACUCUUAGAUGCUAUCAUGCUCUGAUAGCUCUCUGGUCGAAACCAGAAAUCCGAAGAACGAUAGAGAACGGGAGAGACGCAGCAUUGAAUGAGACUGUCCCAUACCUAAUGGAGAAUAUCGAUUUUCUGUUCUACGAAAGAACCAUGCCGGACGAACUCUUACUGAGAGGCUGCUACAGGACUACAGGCAUUCGCGAUACCAGACUCGACAUCGAAGGCCGCUCAUGUCACCUCUACGACGUCGAUGGUAGGAGAUCAGAGCGCAAGAAGUGGCCGAAUUACUUUCAAGAUGUCGACACUGUUAUCUUCGUAGUUUCUCUGACCGGCUACUGCCAGGCUCUCCCGGAGAACGUGAACACGAAUCAAAUGCUGGAGUCUCUAGCGCUGUUUGAAUCUAUAAUCAAGCUCGACCGGUUUGGGACUGUUCCAAUAAUUCUCAUGCUCAACAAGUUCGACCUUCUAGAGCACCGGAUGAGGAAUAACCCGAUAGUGGACUACUAUCCUGAAUACUCUGGAGACCCGAAUCCUUUGCAUGCUUGCCGGUUCAUUGCGACUAAGUUUUCACAGCUCGACCACCGCCCACACGGAAGCCUAAGGAUGAUGGUGACCAGUGUGGUAGAAGAUGAGCUGUGGCCCGAUCUGUUUCGACAGGGAUUGGCAAUUAUCCCUGAGGCACCCAAGUAG